GCUCGGUCAUGUGAUCAGCUGUGUCCAAUCACAGCUGAUCACAUGGCACUGAUGAUCAGUGUGGCCCCAGAAGUGCCACCUGUCAGUGCUCAUCAGUGCCACGUGCCAGUGUCUAUCAGUGCCACAUCAAUGCCACAUAUCAGUGCAUAACAGUGCACAUCAAUGCCACAUAUCAGUGCCCAUCUGAGCUGCCUUUCAAUGUCACCCAUCAGUGCCACCUAUCAAUGCCAAUCAGUGCCACCUAUCAGUGUCGCCUAUCAGUGCCAGUCAGUGUCGCCUAUCAGUGCGCAUCAGUGCCGCCUAUCAGUGCCAGUCAGUGCCACCUAUCAGUGCCAGUCAGUGCCGCCUGUCAGUGCCAUAUAUCAGUGUCAUGUAUCAGUGUCAUGUAUCAGUGCUGCCUUUCAGUGCCCAUCAGUGAUGCCUGUCAAUGCCCAUCAGUGCAACCUACCAGUGCCUCCUCAUCAGUGUCCAUCAGUGCCACCUAUCAGUGUCCAUCAGUGCAGCCUAUCGGUGCCCAUCACUGCAGCCUCAUUAGUGCACAUCAGUGAAGGAGAAAAAUGACAUAUUUACAAAAUUGUAUAACAAAAACUAAGAAAAAAAAACGUUUUUUUUUCAAAAUUUUCAGUGGUUUUUGGUUUGUUUAAGAAAAAAAUUA